GGAAGCAGCGGUGGGGUGAGGUGUGUCGUUCCUGUGUAGGCUGUCUUUGCAAGCAUAUCAACAGUGUCAUGCCUUGAGAUGUGGUAGUCGCCUGAUGAUGGUCGAGCGAGCGUCCAGCCGGUUUCGGCUGGACGAAACUAAAGCUUCGCCCCCCCCCCCCGAUACAGGGGCUACGAACGUAUGACACUUCACCAAAGGCCAGGCUCAUUGAUUAUCUACUGAAAAGAAAGGAUCUGGAAUUAUAUUCUUUGAAUAUAUGAUUAUGGAAUAUUUAACAAUUGAAGAUAAUCGACCUGAGAAGCGUCAUAUUCAGAGUGAAUGUGACCCAAGUGAAAUCUCUCCACCAAAAAUUAUUGCCACACCAAGAAGGUCAAGAGUUAGAACUCCACUGACGAAUAGUAAUAACAGUAACACACGGUCUUCACACAGAAUAUUUGCUGGAGAAAAGAACACUAGUAAGACAAGGUCAUCCAGUAGAACUCCAGAAGUGAAGAGAAAUGACAGCAAGACAGGAUCAUUCAACAAAUCCCCAGUAGUUAGAAGUACCAAAAAGAUAAAAUCAUUCAAUAGCACUCCAGUAGUUGGGGGCAGUGUUAGCAAAUCAAAGCUAUCCAGUAAAAUCCCAGUAGUGAAUGAAAGUGCUAGUACAAGAAGAUCCAAUAGAACCCCAAUAUUGGGGACCAGUGCCAAUAAACUAACACCUUCCAAAAUAACACCAGGCGAGGGAAGUGCUAUUAGAACAAUAUCUUACAGAACUCCAGUACUGGACAAGAGUGCAACCAAGACAAGAUUGUUUAAAAGAACUCCUGUACAAGAAUGCAAACUGAGUAAGACUAGAUCAUCCAGCAAAUCUCCUGAGCAAAAGCAGUUUAGUACUAGGGACGUAAAGUCUUCAAGCAGGGCUUUAGUUAAAACACAGUCAUGCAAGAGUACGACAGUGUCACCUAGCAAAACUCAGGCACCAGAAAAAAUUACUAGUAAGUCAUUAACCCCAGAACAUAGAAAAAAUUCCAGAGAGAGAUCUAAGUGUUCAACUGAGGCAAAUAACCCCCAUUGUAAUGACAAAGGAAAUGAGCUUAACAGGAAGGGAGACAAGUUAGACGGGAAACAGAAAGAAAAGAAAAGAGUUGAUAAUGUUGAAAAUAUAAAAACAAGACAAACAUGCCAAGUUAAAGUUGUGGAACAGGAGAAUCAUUCAACUGACAAUGCAUCCUCCUCAAUAGAAGAAGGUUCAGUUGAAAUGUGUGAUGAAAGUGAAUUAAACACUCCUGAAGAUGCAGUAGCAGUAGUCAUUAAUAAAGACAUCCAGGCAGAAGUCGAGAAAGUUAAGAGGAGGAGGUCAACUAUUGGUCGUGGAAGGAAGUCCGGUCAGAGUAUAGGUGGAAGACAAUCGCUCUCUGUUGCUUUUCCUGUACUUGAUCUGAAAGAUCAGAUAUGCCUGAUUGAUCAGAAACUCCCGUGGGCCUCAAGAGUGAGUGGUGUUAUUGACAUUAGCAUUAGAGAAGCACUGCGAAGACUUCAGGAUCGUUUACCUGGAGAUGAAUGCGUGUCAGAUUUAAGGAUGGAGUUAAUGAGGAAAUCUGAAAGUAUAGCAGGAGAAAUAGCAUAUAAAAUUGCUGGGCUUUCUUUUGAUGCAUCAGCACCCAUGCCUAACUUAUCAUAUGGAGAGGACGUGAAAGAGAGUACCAGUAAAAUUGAAGCAUAUAAAAAGAGGACGAAGGAGUUGGAGCAAGAAUUUAAAACCUGGAAAACGAUAAUGAGUGAGAGAAAGGCAGCCUGUUUGGCUGCUGAGAGGGAAUUCCGUGAAGCUAAAUCAGGAGAAGCAAAAAUUGAUGAUGAUCAAGCCAGCCAGCUAACACCUGCUCAAGCCUCUUUUCUAGCAAGCAAACCCAAUUAUCAUCAGUACUUACAGGAUGUACAAAUGGCACGUGAAAGUGCCACCCAGAUGCUUCUAGGAGUACAGCAUUCGGCAAAUAUUAUUUCCAACAUGAUCACAGCAACUAGGCUUCAAGCUGAAUACUGUUGUGCUGCUAUUGAAGAGAAGAGCUUUGGAUACUUGAAAACCCAGCCAACAAAAUCUGUGCUGGCUUCAUUACUGCAGAUAAAUCGUGCAUUUGCUGAAGUGACGGAAGGGUUGUAACUGUGAUGCUGCCUGCGGCCCUUUUGAUAUUACAUUAUACUGUAUGUGGCACAAUUUCGUGUUGGGUGCUCACCCUGGCCCGAACCUGCAUUGUACAGUACUUGUACAGUAUAUUUUAAGCUUUUGAGAUUGAGACCAUCUUUUAUAUAUAGUAAUAUGAAAAGCAGAUUUAUCUUGGCUGUUGAUGAAAUGGUAAUUACUGUAUUUAGUUUUUAAUCCUCAAGAAAAUUUACAUUCUCUUCAAAAUCUUUAAUUGCUGCUAAGCAUUCUUCAAAUCUGUAAAUAUCUUCUAAGUUUGUGAUAUUUCUAAGUACAGGUAUGUUAGGCUGCUUAAUUUCUAGUAUGGUCUUAAGAUGCUCCUUACAUUUGUUAGCUGAUAACCUGCUAAUCAUAAAAUCAAUUUCUUGAUUAUUAACUGUGGACAUUAUUUCCUAGAUUUUUAUAGACAGGAACUCUACCAUGCAUCUGUAGCUUAAACAAAUUGAUUAGCAACCUGGUAAUUAAUGCAAUUCACUUGUUGGAAUUUAUUGCUAGUGUCAGUAUAUAACGAGAAGGAAAGGUAUCUUAUGUUGGCAAUUUAACAUUCUUUUCUUGAUAUAUUUUUCACUGUCAAAAUGGAAGGAGGGAUAAGGACUAUCAAUAUAUGAAGACUACACUAUGGUUAUGAAGAUUAUGCAUAGUCUUUUUUUUUUAUUUUGUAUAUUGUGUAUAUACUUUGUAUUGGAAACUCUGUAUUUUAUUAUAAGAUUAAUUCCUUUCAAGUUGUUUGAGAACUUGAUGCUUCAACAAAUACAGUGUGUAAAAGAUUUGUAGUAGCUUCAUUUAGCAUUUCCUGAAGAAUGCUACUUGUAAUUCAGCCCAUCCUCUUGUUUAGAUAGUACCGUACUUAUAGUAACAGUGUGGACCAUCGUACAUAUACAGUAUUGACAUAAUGGACAUUUAGAUAGUAGAAUUUGGUACUAUUGAAUUUGGAUAAACUGGAAAGGCUAAGUAUUUAUAUUGCUAAUAAAACCUAACCUUACCUAACCUUCCUAGGCCUAAUACACACUAUCUGAGGCCUAAAACAGAACAUAUAUAUACUCUACUGUACUAGGCCUAGGAAUAUUUGUUUGGUUUUUAGUUUUAUUUUGUUUGGACUAUAACACGAAUAGUAUCAAAUUCUAAUUGUCCACUACGUUAAUAUAUAUAUAUAUAUGAUGGUCCACAGUUACUAAAACUACUAUCUUAACAGGAGGAUGAGUUGUAUAAUUUGACUGAAGGAAGAACUUGUUACAAAUUUUACCUUAAAUUUAGCCUGGUCCCCAUGACAUUAAAUAUAUGGAAGAUCGCUUAACAUUAUAUGAGUAUGGUGGUCUAGGGACAUGCAUGGCCUAAAUUUAACAGGUUAGCUAAAAGUUUUAUCAAGGCAUUUUCUUUUAAGAUAUAAUAAAAUUAUAUUAACACAAAACCAAAA